AUGAACAUGGAGGGAGGAGAGGAAGUGCUUAAGACUGUCAGGACCGACUUCUACCAGACCGCGACAACAGUCAUCGCAUCCUUUUUCCUCAAGAAGAUUGUCAAGGAUAAGUCCGUGGUGGAGUUUGUUGACCAAGCCAUUAACCUUGACCUCGUAACCUCGGAUCCGACGCCCAAGAGAUAUACCGCCACCAUCCCCCUCUUCGCAACCAUUGAUCCCGAGAAGACGGCGUUUAAGAUUCUCGGCACCAAACUAGAAGUUACGCUUUUCAAGGCUGACGGAAGUUCAUGGCCCGUCUUGAGGAGUGACGACGCCCAUACAGGAGAAAUCUUCCAGAUCGGAAAAGCGGCGGCGCUACAAUGA